AUGAGUUUUCGUGAUGAUCUCCAGACGGUGCCGAAGAUCGCAAUGAAUAUUCGUUCUGUCCUCGUCAAAACAGUUCAAGAACUCUUAGUCCGCCUUCCAUUAGUGGGUCUUCACGGCAUGGGCGGUGUAGGGAAAACAACUCUUGCCAAGUUGUUGUUCAAUGUGUUGUGUGCUGAAUUUGAAUAUACUUGUUUCGUUCCGGGAUUUAUGCUCAAAGGAGAUUACAAGGAGAUGGAAGGCCGUGUGUAUUCGUCGAUGCAUCGAUAUGGCAAAAUGGUUACACAAAGAAGGCAAGAGUUGGAACCAGGAGAUUUGAAAGGGAAUAGACUUCUUCUCGUUCUAGAUAACAUGGAAAAUGAACACCAUGUUGAACUUCUCAAAGAAAUAGUUUUGAUGAACGCUUGCGCAAAUAGUCGUUACAUUGUUACCUCUCGAAGCUUGGAAGUUUUGGAUAGUUGCAUUGCGAUCUUUGGAAGAAGGGAUGUUAAUGCCUUCUUCCAAAGGGAUGUUGAUGCCUGCGUGUUUGACGUGGGUUUUUUGAAUCACGACAACUCCAACCAGUUAUUUAGAAGCCACGCAUUUCCUUAUCCUGACGAACCGAGUCCAUCAAUGACGGAAUGGAUAGACAAGAUCGUCGAGAAAUGUGAAGGACUACCAUUAACCCUGGAGGUGAUGGGCAGUUAUCUGAAGAGGGAUCCACGUGAAAAAGUAUGGAGUGAAAAAAGAUGGAGUCAGACUCUUGAGGCUCUCGAUGCAGCAGAAAACAUAGUCAAUUUCAAUGAAAGGUUGUGGGCGAAAUUGCAAGUGUCCUACAACAGCUUGAGCCCUGAGGAGCAGGAAAUAUUUCUUGAUGCUGCGACUUUCUUCAACAAUUCCCACUGGAUGCUGUUUGAAGCUAAGGCUUGCUGGCGUGUGCUCUAUGGCUUCGAAGAUGUGCGAUGGAAGACUUUGGUAGAUUUGUGUAUCGUCUACAAUGUAGAUGAAACAGACAGAAUACUAAUGCACGAGCAAAUGAGAUCUCUGGGAAUGAAAUUGGCUUCGGCAUGGGGACAUAAUCGCAUAUGUAGGACUUGGACUAAGAAAAAUGUCCCCUCGACGUCAUCCAUGAAAUUGGCUUCGGCAUGGAGAUUUCAUCGCUUAUUCAAUUGGACUAAAGAAAAUGAACCUUCAACGUCAUUCAGCCCUGGUAUGGAAAUUGAGGAGGUCAUAGCGCUACAACUUGAAGAUUCGAUGGCCCUCAACUCGAGAGCUAUUGGCCAGAUGAAGAAGCUGCGAUAUUUGGAAUCCGAGAAGAUGUUGAUGUUGGAUGAAGUAUUUGGCAACCUUUCAAAGAAAGUGGUACUUCUUCGAGUGCAUGGAGAAGUAAAUAGUCUUCACAACCUGGUCGACCGAGGUCGUGAAUGUUUGGCUGUUCUGGUUUUGGAGGCACCGGUCAGAUGUUUGCCAACAACCUUCAGCGAGUUGCAAAACCUUGAAAUCAUGAAAUUCUUCGGUUGUCUCUUCGAAGGUCUUCCCGAAACGUUUGGACAACUUCCCAGGCUUCGGCUUCUGACACUUUCAAAUUGCAGUAGACUUCGUUCACUCCCCGAAGCUUUCGGAAGGCUCUCCCGUCUGGAGAAGUUGAUCAUGGUGGAACUGCACAAUUUUCGAAGGUUGCCUGAGGGUUUCGGAAAUCUGCCCCAGCUACAACGCCUGGUACUAUGUGGAUUGAGUAAAAUUCGUUCACUCCCCGAAUCUUUCGUACGGCUCUCCUGUCUGGAGGAUUUGAUCAUGAUGUCACUAGACAAUCUUCAAAGGUUGCCUGAGGGUUUCGGAAAUCUGUCCCAGCUAAAUGUACUGGUAAUAGAAGAUGCGCCUUAUAUCUCAGAACUGCCUGAGAGUUUCAGCCGUCUCACUCGAUUGCAAAACCUGCAUCUCAAUUAUAUGCCUGGCCUCCAAGCCUUGCCUGAUACUUUUGGGGAGCUUUCGCAGCUGUCCCAUUUGUCAAUGCUGCGUUGCAAUAUUAAACAAAAAUUGCCGCAUUCGUUUGGGCAACUGCCCAUGCUGACCCUCGUGGACAUCCGCGGCUGUUCUAGCCUUGUCUUUUCAGAAUUCUGCGCUGUUUGUCCAAGAAUUCCAAAACUAAGAUAUUUGUUGAGCUCGAUAGGAGGUUCACACGGUACAUUUAGUUACUGUCCGAAAGUGGCUCAUCAUGAUGAUCAAUCAGUAUCUAUCAGCGAGUUGCGAUCAAUUUUUGGACUCGAUCCGGAUGUGCCUCUUGAGGAUGAUGAAAUAAGGGAGUUGGAGAAGAAGUAUUUAGCUGGUGAAUUCACCCCUACCUUUCGUUUUCCUGGUGAAUUAAGAGGUUAUUUCGAUUACACAUUGGCAGAAGUAGACUUCGGACAGAUGCUCAGGGACAUCGGUAUUUGA